AUGCCAGGAAAAUUAGGCAGAGAGAAAGGCCAACAUCUUCGACCAUUUUUGCUAACGGUACUGGCCAACACAUUGUUUGCACAGGAGAAAGUGGAGUUUGAGGAGAAAAUUCAAGCGUCUGAUAAUAGCAGCUUAUCGUCUAUGAGUAUGGCAGCCGAUUAUUGUCAUACAUUCUACAAUCCACUUUUUGGAAAUAAUUGCCAAGGAUGUCGUGUUGCUGAGGAAAAUAAUGAUGUCAUACAAAUGUGGACAAGAAGCUUAACUGAUGGACUUUCGUUGCUCUUUUUUACGACCAUGGCUGGCACAUCGCAGUUAAUUUUGGAUAUCUUGGCUAGUAUCAGAAUGCUUUGUCGAAAUACUAUUGAUAGUCUGAUGAAACAUUUGCUGAGAAGAAUGUUCGAUUCCAUACUCAAUGAGCGAAAUUUCGUAAUGUUUCUUCAUUUCAUACAAACUGCUAUCUUCCUUUCUGACGGAUCGGUACCCUCUGAUCAGGAGAAAAAUCUACGCGAGGAAUUGGCGAUUAGACGAGUUUUGGAAUUUGCGCAGGAAGAGGUAAUUUAG